AUGGAUACUUUGGGCAGUGUCCUUCCACCCGUGGCCGGAAAUGGUGAUACAGCUAAUGCACAAGAGUUACAAAAACUUCUGAUUGAUGAAAAAAUGCGAUGUGAACACCAUAAAGUGAAUUAUCAAACUAUAAAGGCAGAACAUCUAAGAUUACAGGAGGAAUAUACAAAAUCACAAGAUGAACUGAAGCAGUUGUUAGUUGAAAAGCAGACUGUACAUGACAAAUUUCAGUUUCUCCUUGCUGAGUACCAAGAGGAGUUGCUGGGUAAAACACAAGAACUGGAAAAACUGAAGAUGCAAGUGCUAACUCCUCAAAAAUUAGAACUGUUAAAAGAAGUGGAAAAAUACAGAACAGACUAUAACAAACUUCGUUAUGAAUAUACUUUUCUGAAAUCAGAAUUUGAACAUCAAAAGGAAGAACAUGAACGUAUUUUAGAAGAGAAGAAAAUAAAAUAUGAGGCUGAGAUUGCAAGGCUGGAUAAAGAUAAAGAAGAACUCCAUAAUCAGCUGCUUAGUGUUGAUCCCACGAGGGACAGUAAACGUGUGGAGGCACUCUCUAGAGAAAAGGCACAACUGUGUCAGAAAUUAAAAGGCUUAGAAGCAGAAGUCGCAGAACUAAGAGCAGAAAGAGACAAUUGUGGUGUGCAAGCAGAAAGUGUUCAAAGAGUACAAGUCAGACAGUUAGCUGAGAUGCAGGCUAUGACAAGGUCUCUAGAGGCAGAAAAGAAAUCUGCUGAACUACAGAUUGAUCGAAUUGAGAAAGAACUGCGGAUGAGUCAUGAACAAAACAUUCUCUUAACUAGCAAACUUCACAAAUCUGAACGAGAAGUCAAUUCCUUAGCUGCUAAAGUAGAAGAACUUAAACAUUCACAUAAAUUAGAAGUAACAAAUGUCAAACUGGAGGCAGCAAAAACAAAGAGUGAGAUAGAAAGAGAAAGAAACAAGAUUCAAAGUGAAAUGGAUGGAUUGCUGUCAGACAAGGAAAUUCUUAAGGCAGCUGUUGAACGUCAUAAGGUGCUCUUAGUAGAAAAGGAUCGGGAGCUAAUUCGUAAAGUGCAAGCUGCCAAAGAGGAAGCUUUUGAAAAAAUUGCAGCCUUACAGGAUGAAAAGUUAGAACUCGAGAACAGAUUAGCUGAUCUAGAGAAGAUGAAGCUGGAACAAGAUUCUUGGAGACAAUCUGAAAAGGAUCAGUAUGAAGAGAAACUACGUGUUGUACAGAUUGCAGAAGAAUCUAGCAAAAAGGAACUUCAGCGUUUGCGAUUAAAAAUUCAACAGCAAGCUAUUCACACAGAGGAGUUGGAAGAAAAGAAACGUGAAAGUGCUGAUCUGAAACAGCAAAUUCACGACAUGCAACUCCAGCUUGCAUCUCUUUCUCAGUCAGAAAAUGAUUUGCUGGAGUCUAAUCAGAAGAUGAAGGAAACAAUAGAAAGAUUGAAACAAGAAUGUCAGCAUGCAAGGACUCAGGCAGAAAAAGCACAACUGGAAACAGAGAAGACUUUAGAAUACAAACGUAUGGAAUGGCUGGAGGAGAAGCAUGUGCUUACGCAGCGCAUCACGGAGACAGAAGACAAAUACAACCAAGUGAAGAACAAGCUGUGUCGAGCUGCUGUUGCUCAGAAAAAGAGAAAGACUCUCAAUGAUAAUAAACAAAGGAGGAUGCGAGAGAAACUAGAGCUCUUGGAAGCCAAGAUAGAAGAACUAGAAAAAGAAAAUCAGGUGUUAAAUAGGCAGAAUGUUUCCUACGAAGAAUACGCACGCCUCCAGAAGAGACUAAAGGACUUGCAACGGAGGCACAAUGAAUUCCGGAGUUUAAUUCUGAAUCCUAACAUACCGUCACUCAAUCCAGUUGGUAUGUCAUCAUCUGCCUUGCCUCCUGGGCCGGAAGUGUCCUUCUCCCUUCUUCAGGAGGAACAGCAUCAAAGAGAGCUUUCCUUGCUUCGCAAGCGGUUGGAAGAACUAGAAACCACACAGAGAAAACAGCUGCAAGAUCUUGGACCAUCUAGAGAGCGAGUAACAGCAGGCACGUACGGGGACUUGGCUAGAAACAAGAUCGCUGGAGAAGACAAUGCACAAAGCAGCCUUGCUUCUACCAAAGCGUGGCUACGGCUAGCAUUUGCCAGCGCUGGCCGGCUGCGUGGCGUGGGACUGCACCAGGCGGGGGCCCCCGCCAGCCAAACCUGCCAGCUCGUGUACAGCUGCAACCGGCCUCUGGGCUCCUCCAAAGCAGCGGCACACGGUGGCAAGUGUCGAGAGCCCUCCGCUGCCUGGAAGCCCCGCGUGGACGAGCCGGUGUACAUUUGUCUGGAAGGAAGGAAACUGCAGCUGACCCGUAUUCUGAAGCCGGAGCUCAUCCUCAUAGUUUGCCAAGGCCGCUGA